GCAAACUGGGAGGGCCGAAGCGGACAGAGAGGAAUCCGAGGCUGGGGCCGGAGGCUGGUCUGGAGGGAUCGUCUUGAGAAGGGAAGGAAAGAGGCUUACAGGGAUAAGAAACGCUUUUGGUGUGAGCUCAAUUUGGGGUCUGCCAGGAAAAGAGGCUUUGUUGGCCCCGAUCAGCCAUGCGGGUCCUCGGACUCCUGGGUCCCUUGGCACUGGCGCUGGCACUGGCGGGCGGAUGCCACGGGCUUUCUUUCCACCUGCCGCCGCAGACCCGCAAAUGCCUUAAAGAGGAGUUGCACCGGGACGUGAUGGUCACCGGGGAAUACGAAGUCUCCGAAGCUGCUGCUCCGGGACUCAGGACAGACUUACGGGUCACUGACUCUUCUGGACACACUCUGUACUCCAAAGACGAUGCCAAGAAGGGAAAAUUUGCCUUCACCACUGACAACUAUGAAAUCUAUGAAAUCUGCUUUGAGAGCCACGGGCAGCCAGGGAACUUCAGGAUUCCAGACCAACUGAUAUCCCUCGAUAUCAAGCAUGGCGUGGAGGCACGGAAUUAUGACGAUAUCGCUAAGGCAGAAAAACUAAAGCCCUUAGAAGUAGACCUGCGUCGUCUUGAGGACCUUUCAGAAUCCAUCGUUAAAGAUUUUGCCUUCAUGAAGCAACGUGAGGAAGAGAUGCGGGACACCAAUGAGUCCACCAGCGCCCGUGUCUUCUGCUUCAGCAUCUUCUCCAUGUUUUGUCUUGUGGGCCUGGCCACUUGGCAGGUCUUUUAUCUCCGGCGUUUCUUCAAAGCCAAGAAACUCAUAGAGUGAAUGAGCUUCAGCCUGGGGGGGGGGGUGGAGCAAAGAGCAGCUGGCCCACCCUCCCCACCUGGUUUCUUCCUGGUCUGUGAUCUGCAAGUCAUCAGAGUUCUUCCCCUGCCAAUCUUGCUGAGCUCCUGAGCUGAUUGGAUGUUUUUCUCCAGGGUUUGUCUCAGCUAGGACUCUUGAUGGGAGCCCUUGGACGGAAUCUCUGCCAGCCUGGAUGGGACUUUGGUCAUCAGAAAGGCAUAGAUUCUGGAUGCCAGACUUGAAUAUGAUUUGCUCCUCUUUUCUGGUGUGGAAUGUGCCGUUCUUUCCCCCCACAGUGGUGAGGGAUCUAAUUCGUUUUUAAUUUAAGUCCCAAUUGCUGAAUGCACUAAGAAAAUUUUGGAAAUAAUAAAAUUUGGUUUUUAAAUAUCA